AUGGCCUCCUAUGAUUCUGACUUCACUAUAUUUCAUUCAUAUUGCCCACAAUAUAAACUUUUAUUGUGUUUUUUUAUUGUAGAAUCCAAUACGGUAUCACCUACUUUAGAUGAUAAAGAUGAUGAGGAUUAUUUUAACAAUAAUGAUUAUGCAGCUGAUAAUAAGGAUGAUGAUAAGGCCAAGAAAGAUGAAGGCACAGAAUCCAGCAAGGCAUCAUAUACUGAGAAUAAAGAGGAAGAUGAUGAUUAUUUUAAUCGAGAUGAUUAUCAGGCUAAAGAUAAAGAUGAAGAUGACAAUGAAAAGGAAAGAACCAAUAUAGAUGAAGAUACCGGUGAUGAAUCCCGGUUUUUCUUCGGAAAGAAAAAAGUCCGUACAGAAGAAGUUUUGAUCAACGCUACAUUCGCAAAAAUAGCGCGGAGUGAACGGGAGCAUUUUGUUAUUGUAAUGGUAUCCGCAAUGGGAUGCGUACUCAUUUUCCUGAGCUUACUGACCUGUGUCGCAUUUUGUAAAAUAUAUUUGAAAAAACUGAAGAAUGAUGUCAUAGCGGCAGAGGAAGGGCGUGCAAAUGCCCUCACACAGGAACUACUGCAAAAUAAUGAAGACCCUAAGAAGGAAGAUAAACGGCAAAUGAUCAGGAUUUUUGGAAAACUGCCUGCUGCUCUGAAAACUUUUGGACAAUUGCAAAAGCCUUUGGAUACAAAUAACUAAUUUAAGAGAAAAGAAGAAUACUCGGGCAACAAUUGCUCUAAGAAGCCCAUUUAAAACUAGGU